CAGAAAAACAACUCUCUUUUAUCUGUGUCUCCCUCUCUAACGGUACUCUCCAGAGCCUACGACGAUGCAGAGACAGUCUUUGGGCUCACCAGUCACCAAGCUCCACAGCCAUGGAGAAGCUAAAACCGAAACUCUCUCAAACGAAGACCUAAAGCGCAAAGACUUGCCAUCUCCAUUAGUGCUGACCAACAAUCACAUCGACGAAGAACACAAAACUGCAAAACCUCGCCGAUUCUCAACGUCGCCUCAAUCACCGCCUCCAAAACCUGAUAAACUCAUCCACCUCAUACCUGCCCUCACUCUUUUCUGCUUCCUCGUCCUCUACCUGUUCUCCCACACUCCCUCUCCGUCAGAUUUGGCUCAGUUCAACGGAUUUCAUCGUUCCGCGAAGCUUAUAGAUUCGACCGUAAUCAGCAAUAUCGACCGUUUAUCUGAGCUCCGGCGAAGCAAUGUUUUGGCAAUUCGAAGUCUCCGGAACUUACAAGAUGUCAACAAACCAGCUCCGAGAUAUCGCUCGCACCGGAAAAUCGCCGAUUUCUAGGCCGUUGUCCUCGGUUUGUAUCCUCUUUCCCCUCAACAGCUACUUCCACUUCCGGCGCGUGUGUUAUCUUCUUCUCUCAUUUGUUGCUUUGUGAACUACGUCUUCGUCUUCGUCGCUUUGUUUGGUUUGUCUGUAAUUUCGGAUUCAUACCGUGGAUAAGAACUCUAAGAUGCGCCAUCAUGGAGGCUCACGUUAGUGGUGGUGGGUUGAAUAAGCUUAACAGGCGCUGUCGGUGGAAACCAGCUGGAUUAUUCGGACCGUUACUCCGGUGAGGGCGCCAGCUGUCUUGUUUGUGGUACUGAGGGCAUCAGGUUCUCUCAUCUUCAGUGUAGCUGGUCCACCAAUGCUAACGUCACUCGAAUUGCACUCUUCUUCCGUGAUGCCGUGCGCAUGUCAAUACACGUGUAAAACAGCAAACCAACUCAUUAUUAAAAGGAAUUUAAAAAAAAAAAGAAGAAGAAAAAAAGAUUGUCCCCACUUUUUUGUUGCUUUGUUCCAGUAAAAAUUCUUUUACGUCA